UGGUGGACAUUAUCCACAAUUGGGCCCAACAGUAGCCAAUAUCAAGUUUGGGAUCCUUACACAAAUCGGCCCAAAACCUUUUGUGCAACCAUAGGACAUGGCACUGGAGGUCGGAGCCAGCUUUGUUUGGGAGUAGAGAUUCCAAAAAGGGAACGAGGCAAUAGGAACAAAAACAGAAGCAAAAAGAAAUGGGGUUAUGGGCAUGCAUGGGAGUGAUAUCACCAUUUCCAUUCUACUACUUUCUCUGGACAAACCCUCAAACAUGGGUCGAUCUGUGCGGAAGAGGACGUGACCCUUGCAAAAGAAUGGCUAUGGUCUCUCACGUUAUAAAGUUGAUACAGUUCAUCUCCCUUUUAUCCGUUUCCACAUUUUCAUGGCCGCCUCCACUUUAUUUUUGGCCCCUUUUCAUUUUUGGCCAGUUCCUUAAUUUCAGGGUAUACCAACUGUUGGGAGAAUCAGGCACUUAUUAUGGUGUACGCUUUGGAAAGAAUAUCCCUUGGGUAACAGAGUUUCCUUUUGGAGUAAUAAGAGAUCCUCAGUACGUGGGCAGCAUUUUGAGUCUGCUAGCUUGCCUCUCUUGGGUUCCUUUCUUGUAUAUUUUCUUAUGGGUCCUCGGCUAUGUAUUUAUGAUACAAGUAGAAUCCAAGGAAGAUCCAGCUACUCGUGCAAAGCCACUCUCUUGAGUGUAUAGAAGAUGCAGCAGCUCCAAACAUCAAGGAACUGAUGCUGCUUGCUUUUGCAUUCCUGAGGAAGAGUCUGUUUGAUAAAGUUCUAGUAUUAAGGGUAGUUCUUGAUUGCUUUUUUAAAUCAGACUUAUCUAUAUUUUGAACGAUUGUUUAAGUUUCAUUUUCUUUUUGUUUGAAAUUUUGAAUCAGCCAACAUAAUUUUAGCCAUAAGCUAUGUCUUUUAGGAUUAAAACAAUUUCUUGGCAAUAAAGAGCAAUUUCCUUCUUAUUUUUAGUGA